AAAGUGUAUAAAUACACCAAGAAACACUCGCCAUUUGCAAAAAAGAUUAUAGCCCGUAAAAAGCAGUGUCGUCAAAAAAUAUUUUUAAUCCGAGCGGAAACUUAAUAAUUUUGUCUUGAAAUUACAGAGUAACUUUUUAACAUGUCUACUGCGGCAGCAUUGCGUGGUUUCUCAGCGUCUACUGACAAGAAUGUUCUCAAACAGUACAUGUCUUUGGACCAGCCCGAUGACAAGGUCAUGUGUGAGUACCUCUGGGUCGAUGGCACAGGGGAAGGAAUAAGAAGCAAGUGUCGAACAUUAGAUUUCGAGCCAGAGAAACCGGAAGACUGCCCGGUAUGGAACUAUGACGGUUCUAGCACAUAUCAAGCCGAAGGCUCGAACUCGGAUAUGUAUAUUUAUCCACGUGCAAUAUUCAAAGACCCAUUUAGACGAGGAAAGAACAAACUCGUGCUUUGUGAAGUGUUCAAAUAUAACAAUCAGCCGGCAGAGACAAACAAAAGGAUGACUUGUGCUAAAGUUAUGGAAGCGGCGAAGGACUCCCAUCCCUGGUUUGGUAUAGAACAAGAAUAUACCCUACUGGAUUUUGAUGGCUAUCCAUUUGGGUGGCCAAAGAAUGGUUACCCGGGACCACAAGGUCCCUACUACUGUGGUGUUGGUGCUAACAAGGUCUACGGUCGUGAUAUUGUAGAAGCUCACUACAGAGCAUGUUUGUAUGCCGGUGUGAAGGUAGCUGGGUGUAACGCUGAAGUAAUGCCAGGGCAGUGGGAGUUCCAAGUUGGACCAUGUGAAGGCAUUGAGAUGGGUGAUCACUUAUGGAUAGGACGAUACCUGUUGUACAGAGUAGCCGAGGAUUUCGGUGUUAACGCAACUUUAGAUCCGAAACCUAUGGAGGGGGAUUGGAAUGGAGCCGGGGCACAUUGUAACUACAGUACAUUGCCAAUGAGACAAAGUGGAGGACUAAAAGAAAUUGAAUCCGCUAUUGAAAAGUUAUCUAGAAAUCACACGAAGCACAUCCGGGCAUAUGAUCCUAAAGAGGGCAAAGACAACGCGAGACGUCUCACGGGACUCCACGAGACUUCGAGUAUCCAUGACUUUUCUGCUGGAAUUGCAAACCGUGGUGCUAGUAUCCGAAUUCCUCGACAGGUGGCCGAGGAGGGUCAUGGGUAUCUGGAGGAUCGACGUCCGUCUUCAAACUGCGAUCCUUACACUGUAACGGAAAUCAUUGUGCAGACGACAGUUUUGGAUAAAUAAAAUGUUCGUUACUUAUUAACGACAUUAGAGAUUAAGAAGCUUAUAUAUCAUAUUGAAAUAUAUAUUUUUCUGAGACGAAAUUAUCUAGCUAAGAAACAGACACAAUAGGAACUACAUUUUACAGCAAUUGUGUGACUUGCAGUAGGAGUUUACUUUUAAUCAAAGCGACAUCUCUUUAAAGAAUAAUGUUGAAGAACAUCUAAAUUACGCAUACAUUGUUAAAAAUUACGCGUAAUUUGUUAAAAUUAUGUGUUAACUGUCAUUUCCGAAAGUAUGGUUGAGGUUUUAGGUCGGUAGUACAUAUUUUACUCAUUUUCUUAGCUAUCUUGCCAUCUGUUUAAUGUCAGAAGGUAUAAGAAUGUGGAUAUUUUAAGAGUGUAAACAGUAUACUUGUUUUAUAAGGUACUACGACAUUGUUUUGACCAUGACAUUUAAUGAAAACCAUAUAUUUCUGAAUACUCAAGUUGAUCUGUUUCAAAAUGUAUAGUUUAUUUACAUAGAGUUUACUUAAUUGUUUUGUACGUCGUGUUAUUUGCAUGCAUAUAGUAUAAUAAACAAUUAAAACAGCAAAGUAGCUUUUGCAUGAUAAGAAUCAAUGAAUACAACAUAUAUUUACAGCAGUAGAUUUUUAAGCCAUUAAAUAGUACUGUGUGA